UGCGCUCGGUGCUUGGCUCUCGCCGCUCCGCGCCUGCACCCGGUGCUCCGCGCCGCGCGUCCGCCCAGUCGUCAUGGCUGGGCUCGUGGUCAGUGGAACUCAAGUGUCCUUCAUAGGCCAGGACUGCAGAGAAAUUCCAGAGCACCUUGGAAGGGACUGUGGACAUUUCGCAAAGAGGCUUGAUCUGAGCUUUAACCUUCUGAGGUCACUGGAAGGACUGAGCGCGUUCGGGAGCCUGGAGGAACUCAUCUUGGACAACAAUCUGCUCGGGAAUGACCUCGUGUUGCCAGGGUUACCCAGGCUCCAUACCUUAACCCUCAACAAGAACCAGAUCACUGACUUGGAGUGUCUGCUUGAUCACCUGGCAGAAGUGACACCAGCUUUAGAGUACCUCAGCCUGCUGGGCAAUGUGGCCUGUCCCAACGAGCUGGUCAGCUUGGAAAAGGAUGAGGAAGACUACAAGAGAUACAGAUGCUUUGUUCUGCACAAGCUGCCCAAUUUGAAGUUUCUGGAUGCCCGGAAAGUAACCAGACAAGAACGAGAGGAAGCUUUGCUCAGAGGGUCAUUCAUGAAGGUGGUGAAGCCCAAGGCUUCCAGCGACCGCAUCACAGCUUCUCCAGAGAACCACUAUACACCCCUGCCUGCUGCUUCGAGAGAUCUCACCAAUCACCGAGGUGUCCUGGGGAAGUGUCGCUAUGUUUACUACGGGAAAAACUCGGAGGGCAACAGGUUUAUCCGAGAUGACCAGCUCUGAUGGCAAGUUCUGUAUGCUUUAGCCUGUGUCAUAAGAAUAAAAGAAAAAAAGGCAAGUAAAAAUAAAGAAAAAGCUAAAG